GGUGGGGGUGGUAGGGGGAGAAUUCGAUCGACGUAUUUUCAAUGCGAUUAAAAAUAAACCUCUCCCCUCGCGCGUGCCUUAUCUUCUCUCGCGCUUGGAUUGCGACGCGACGCGACGCGACACGGCGCACGUUGCUUUCCCGAAUGGAAACAAAUUACGUAUUUUCCGCAGAGGAGAGAUUUUCAUCGGUCAAAGCGUCCAUUGACGGGGGGGAGACUCGUCAACACCGGGUCGCCAUCAACACGUGGCAACCUGUUUGCAACCGACAGCUCGAUCGAUCGAGGUUUGGAUGAGUGGCGAGAGGCAACCGUUAACCGUUUCGUAACCGAUCGUUGUCGAUCGACGACAAACAAACGAGGACGCGACGUCCUUUAACCCGGCGAUCAACCGAACGCAACCGAAAUAUGUAUUCGGUUCGAAUAUACAUGAUCAGUGAUGAUCGAGAUUUCGUUGCGAAUCGAUGGGGCGCGGUGAUUCGCGUUUUUCUCUUUCUAAUUUUUCUUAAAUUAAUACUCGGUUUGUUGAACGCGUCGCGGUGCCGAUUCGCGGUCCCCGCCCAAUAUUUACACAUUCGGUGGCACGUUCCGUCUUUUCAUCUGGAAACAGAGAGAGAAAGAGAGAGAAAACCGAAAAUACACGGUCGUGGGUUUGACGUAGAACGGUUUGCCGUUACGUGUAUAAGCAACCGGAUAAAAUCGAUCCCGUAUUUGUUUCUUUUUGUCUCCACACUCUGGGAAACGAUAGCCCCCGUCCGGGUUGACUUCUCGUCUCUAAACAACAGCUUCGAUUUUCCCAGCUAAAACAUCCACUCCUUCCUUAAAUUUGAAUUUCCUUUUUCGAAUUUUCCUCUUUUCGAAAUGAAUCGGAAAAAGAUGGUGGUGGGAAGAGCGUCGCUCUCCUUUCCAACGCCGGACGGUAUACUCGACGUGGAUCAAAUUCUCGACACGGAUCCGUGGAAACAGAUCGACAAUUUCGUGCAACACAAUUUCAGGCAAAAUUUGUUGGACGAAUUUAACGAACGGUUAAAACUUAAUCCCACGAUCGCGCCAUCAGAGAGUAAGAGCCCGGCAAAGAAACAGGGAGCGACGUCGUCGAGAACGCCCCGUAAAGAAACAACGGCAGCGAAGCCGAAAACGAACGGAGGGAAAUCGGCGGUGAAGGAGAAGAAAGGCGUUGAUCGCUCGAAACCGAAGGAGCCGAAAGGAAAAGGGAUCGGGGGGAAGAAGGAGGAUGGAGGAAAAGAAGCUUCGAAGGGGAAGGCGAAGGAGAGCAAGGAAGGUGGCGGCGCCGUUAAGGGGGGAGAAAAGAAAGGGGAGAAACAGGCGAAAGUCACGAAGGAAAAUAAUAAAUGCGAGAAACGAGCGACGACCGGUUCGCAAAAAUUGAAUUCGAUCGCGAGGAAAAGUUCGAUGGGGAUAUCGUCGGCCCAGAAGAAGAACGAGAACGUCGUUGCCGUCCGUGCGAGCGAAAAAUCGACCAAGAGCGAAAAAUCGAUCAAGAGCGAAAAAUUAAUCAAGAGUGAAAAAUCGACCAAGGGCGAAACGGCGGUGAAGAAAAACGAUAAAAUAGAGGUCGAGAACGCGGGGGAGGGGAACAAAAGCUUGAUGAACAACGGUCUCGAUAAAUCGAGAAGCGUUUCGAUUUCGAUGUCGCAGCUUAAAACAAGCACGCCGAAACGUAACGUUCCUAGUAUCAGCAGUUCCAUUGGGAAGGAAAAUGCUAUCGCGAGGUACAACGUCUCGGCGUCGAGGGGGAAUUAUUCCGCGAGGAGCGACGUUUCCGUGAAGAGGAUGCACUGCACGUCCACGAUUUGCGCGAGCAAAUUAGAUUUGAACAACAACGAAGGCAAGAUCGAGAAGAAGGUGGAGAAUAAAGAAACGAGUGUGGCGAAACUCGAGCAUAAAAGUAUGAUUUUGGGAAAGAUUAAGGAGGAGACAACGCUCGGGAGCAAGGAAAUAUCGAGGAUAUCGAUGGAUGAAAAAAAAAUGUUAACGUUGAGUUGCAAAAAAGAAGCGUCGGCAGAGAAGAAGAUUGGUAAGCACGAGAAACGUUUGUUGGAGCGGCGAGAAAAGCGACGAAAAAGGAACAUAAGAAGGCACGAAAGAAAAGCGGAGCAAGCCAUGGAGGAGUUCAGCCAUCACGUUACUCGCAUCGUGAAAAAAAUGGGUUAUUUGUCGGAAUUCAGUUCGUGUUCCAGUAGCGAAGAUGACGUUAGCAGUUAUUCCGAUUCCUACGAUACUUAUUCCGAAUCCUCGAAAGGAUCGUCUUACUAUUAUUCUUACUCUUCUCGUAGCUCGUGUUCUUGCAGCAGCUCAGUAUGCAUAUCAUUUGGCCAUCGAUAA